UGUUGUGAUAACAAUGUGUUUAUAAGGACAAUAUAAUUGUGGAUAGACAAACAUUAUUCAUUAUUAAGUUUAUUUGUGUAGACGUUCAAAAUGCGUGCUUCUUUGGUUGUUUUUGCGCUGUCCGCUGCUGUUCUGAUCGGUCAAAGCGAAGCGAUGAUACCAGCGUACUCGGUGACGGCUCUCCGACUAGCCUUCGACGAAAUAUCCACCGUAUUACCCAUCGCCAAUCAACUAGCAUGCCUCUUAAUCCCAUUCUUAAUCAACUUAAUAAACAACCUAAACAACUUGUCAAAUAUCGUACAAAAUUUGACACCCGCAUUAUUGCCAUACUUCGGUUGCACUUUACCACUUUUAUACGCAACUUUGACAGAUUUAGCGUCUGUCCUUUUCUUGUACAUUAGUGUUUUGAUAUCUCUGUUUCGCUCUAACGUGUUGGCUGCCCCGGGACUGUUGUUGGGCUUAGUCUCUCAAGUGCUCAAUUUAGUCUUGAAUCUGCUUAGCGGUUUGACUGAUGGGAGUGGCUUGUUGAGCUCGCUUAUAAAGUUGAUUACAAGUAUUGUUGUUGAGUUGGAGAAGUUGUUGGUUUAAAAUUGUUUUUGUUUGUUGUUUUUUUCUAAGUGUGUUGAAUAAAUGUUUGUUUUA